AAUAGUUCAAAAACAAAAAGACAAAACGAAGUAUUAUGGAGCACUUACUGAAGUCCCGGGGAAACCGCUUUAAUGAUGGCGUCUUCAGAGGCCUAAGCGGUGUUUACGUCGGAGACGACGGCGUAAAUGUCACUUUCCUUAAGCUUGUGUAUGAACACACAAGCGGAGAAACCAUAGAGGUGAUGCAUGGAGUCGAGAUCGGAAACGUCGAAGAGUUUGAGUUUUCGUAUCCGGAGGAGUAUGUUACCUCCUUGGAGUGGACAUGCGGGGUCCACUUGACCCUUAGAAGGCUUAUAUUUCGUACAUCAAACGGAAGAACGUCGCGAGCGUUUGGCAAUGAUCAAGGGGUAUUUCCUGAGAUCCCAGUUCUCGUAGAGUCUAACAGGGACGAAGCCCCAGCCGUAGUCGGCUUCCGGGGGCGAUAUGAUCAUCAUGGGAUUAUUGAGCUGAAAGCAUAUUUCGGUCCACCGCCGCCAAAAAAGCUGAGAGAAAUUGGAGGGCUUGGAGGAGAGGAGUGGGACGAUGGCAAACAUGAACAUGUGAAGACUAUUCACAUAGGACGAGGAGCAAGUGGCUUGACUAUGUUACAAGUCGAUUAUAAAGACGGCACAACCCUUGUACAAGGAGAUCGUCAUGGGAUGGUAACUCUGUCCGAAGACACUUUUGAAAUCCCAUACGAGACGGACCAUCUAGUCACGGUGGAGGUUUACCGCAACAAAGUGGGGAGAGAGGACGAGUGCAUCAGCGCACUAAGAUUCAAGACCCGCAACGGCCUCGUUUCUGAGAUGUACGGAGUGGCGUCGGGAGAAAUGCAUUCUCUCACGGGGCACAAAAUCGUAGGAUUUUUCGGACGGUCCGGCGUGAAGUCACUACAUAGCAUUGGAGUCAGAGUGUCAUAUCCGCCAAUUCCGGAGUUUCAAGGAGAAUGGGUUGAGGUGCAUCAGAUCGGAGAGAUUCCUGUACCAAGGUGUUCGCACGCCAUGGCCGUAGUGGGAAAGAAGAUAUAUUCCUUUGGCAGCGAGCUCCCAUCUGGCCAAAGCGGAGAUAAUGACAUGCUCGUCUUUGACUACGGUACCUUCAAGUGGUCGAGAUCUCCGGCUAGAGGAGACGUUCCAGAGCUAUCUCUCCUAGGCUCCGGUUUGGUAGCGAUCGGAUCAACGCUCUACGUCUUUGGAGGUCAGGAUGGUUCGGGCAUGCACAGAAGGGACUUCCACUCAUUUGACACCACAAGAAGCGAGUGGACGCAGCUUCCUACCAACGAAAUCGGUCCUCGGAGCUUCCAUUCUAUGGCAGCGAUAGGUAAAAAGGUGUUUGUCUUUGGUGGGGUGAGUACUACAGGUCUGCAAAAGACACUGUACGUUUACGAAACCGACAGUAAGGUGUGGUCGGAGCUUCCGAGCCCAGGAUAUUCCUUCCCCGAAAGAGAAGGAGCGGGUCUCCACGUUGUCGGAGGAAAGCUGUGGGUGUUGUAUGGGUUCAACGGAGGCAUGUUAGAUGACGUUCACACCUUUGAUCCUGAUCAACAAAUGUGGACACAAGUGGAAACCUCCGGAGAGAAGCCUUGCCCGAGGAGAGGGUUCGCAAGUGCCGUCGUCACGGGGAAUCGAAUUCUGAUGUUUGGAGGUCAGAGUGCAACGGAACCUGAUAAUGUCGUGGGUGGGACGUUUUGCCUGAACACGGAGACGUUGAAGUGGGAAGAGAUCGAUAUGUUUAAUGGAUGGAGCGGACCAACUCCUCGAGCUUGGUGCGCGUCAACUAGUUUCUCCUCUGCAGGUGGGAUCGAUGGGAUGUUGGUAUUCGGAGGGAAGCUUCAAACCAGUGCGCUCUGUAAUGGCCUUUUCUAUUACGAAGUUGUUGGGUGCUCCAACUAAAAGCAUUAUGCUCUCUAUUAAUAAUAUGGUGAUGUAGCGUAUCCUACGUGGUAACGCUAAUUAGACCUUUCGUUUCAAGUGUUGGUGUCUUUGGUUUUUUAAGUGUCUGAUAAUAAUAUAGAUUUGAGUUCGGAGAUAUGUUCCAACUCGUACAUUAUCUAUUCUCCUUGGUUUUUAAGCUUUUUAUCAUUGCGAUGCAUGUGUUACGCCA